AUGCUUCGCACCGCUCCUCGUAUGGCCGUGUUCGUGUUCCGCGAGAACCGCGUCCCUUAUUACCAGCGUCUCUUCCAGCAGCACGACGGCAAGCGCCAGUGGUACAAGACCUCUCGCUCCGGCUGGGUUAUGUACCCCUACCUCAUCUCCGUCUACGGCAUGGGUGUUGCUUGCACCUACGCCAUGGGCCGCAUGGUCUUCGUUAGUAAACCCUUUGCCCAUGGGUCCAUAAAUGCCCGCUACCACAAGACUCGAGUAGAGCCUGAUCCGGUUUGA